CUGGCGGCUACCCUCCCCAGGCAGGUGGCUACCCUCCUCAGGCAGGCGGUUACCCUCCCCAGGCAGGCGGAUACCCUCCCCAGGCAGGCGGCUACCCUCCCCAGGCAGGCGGAUACCCACCUCAAGCUGUUGGCUACCCUCCCGCAGCAGGUGGCUACCCUCCCGCAGCAGGUGGCUACCCUCCCGCAGCAGGGGGCUUCCCUCCCCAGGCUGGUGGCUACCCAGCCCCAGCCGGAGGCUUUCCUUCUCAGGGGGGUGGAUAUCCACCACAGGCUGGAGCGGGUGGCUAUCCCUCUAUGCCACCAGCAGGUGGAGGCUGGGGUGCAGCACCAGGUGGAGCACCAGGUGGCUAUGGCGCGCCUGGAGGAGCUCAGCAGGGAUACCCAGGGGGCCCUCAGGGCCAGCCCAUGCCAAAUUACCCUGGAGCCCCUGCUGCAAACCCCUCCAUGCCUGGAUAUGGAGAAAGGAUACAGGGGUUCUAUUAAAGAUUACCCUGGAGCCGAUCCACUGAGGGAUGUGGAAGUUCUCCGAAAAGCAAUGAAAGGUUUUGGCACAGAUGAAAAUGCUAUAAUUGAACUUCUGGGAAGUCGCUCCAACAAGCAGAGGGUUCCACUGGUAGCAGCUUACAAAACUACUUAUGGGAAGGAUUUAUUCCAUGAUCUCAAGUCUGAGCUCACUGGAAACUUUGAGGAUCUGGUCCUCUCCAUGUUGAAGACUCCAUCGCACCUUGAUGCAUCUGAAGCCAGAGAGGCCAUAAAGGGUGCAGGAACUGAUGAAGCUUGUCUGAUCGAGAUUUUGUCAUCACGAUCCAAUGCAGAGAUUCAAGAGAUUAACAGAAUCUACAAAAAUGAAUACGGGAAGAAGCUGGAGGACGCCAUCAUCAGCGACACCUCUGGCCACUUCCGGAGGCUCCUGGUGUCUCUCUGUCAGGGAAACCGAGAUGAGCGUGAGACUGUGGACAUAGCUAUGGCCAAGCAGGACGCUCAGAAACUGUAUGCAGCCGGUGAAAAUAAAGUGGGGACUGAUGAGUCUCAGUUUAACGCCAUCCUGUGUGCUCGCAGCAAGCCUCACCUUCGUGCAGUCUUCCAGGAGUACCAGCAGAUGUGUGGCAGAGAGAUUGAGAAGAGCAUCUGCAGGGAAAUGUCUGGAAAUGUGGAGUCUGGCAUGGUGGCUGUAGUGAAAUGCAUCAAGAACACUCCUGCCUACUUUGCAGAGAGGCUCAACAAGGCCAUGAAGGGAGCAGGGACCAAGGACAGAACUCUGAUCCGUAUCAUGGUGUCCCGCUCUGAGGUUGACAUGCUCGACAUCAGACAGGAGUACCUGAAGGCCUACGGAAAGUCACUGUACACUCACAUCUCGGGUGAUACUUCUGGGGAUUACAAGAAGCUGCUGUUGAAGCUUUGUGGUGGCAACGACUAGACAGAAAGGAGGAUGACCUCCCAUAAGGACACCAUAUUUGUCCACGCUGCAACAAUGUUAUGGGAGCCUCAUAUCAUCUCUGAUGCAUGCAGCUAAUGUCAUUGUCCAGAUAGCUAAAGUGAAUCAAUCGUAAUUUAGUAUAUUCAAUGGUAAUGUGAUUUCUGUUACAGUAGUGAAUGCUGAGGAUAAAUGACAAAUUAUAUUUUAAAAGUAAGUGUAGUUGCAUGAACAUUUCCUACAUAGUUAAAGUUUGAACUAUUUGACUGUUAUGGUAACAAAGUAACUCUAUUGCAUAAAUUAAUAUAUAAAAUAUAAAUCAAAGCCCCAAAUCUAAAGUCUUUAAUUUAGGUAGUUAAAAAAAAAAUGCUGUAACAGCAGAGUUUUAUAAAAUGACAAGAGCACAUGCAUUUGAUGUCAUUGAUUUUAUUUGAUUCUGACACAUAUCCAGUGAUUUCAAUUUAGCUUAAGUGUAGUUUAAGUGGAUGUAAGCUUUGGAAAAGCGGGUCACAAUUUCAUUUCAGGUUACUGUUUCAUGCUUGAAAAGAAAAUGAGCAAGAGGUGUACCCACCCCCCAGCCUUAAAUGUGCUUUGAUGCUAAGAUUGUACCCCUGCUUGCACAUCUAUGCAAAUAACUUUAUGUUAAAUAUCAAAUAUCAUUUAUAGAAAAAGUUGCCUUUUAAUCAGUGCACAGAAGCCAAAGUUUAGACAGACAUUAUUGCCUGUUAUGUGCUGUGUGUAAAUUGACAGAGCUGGUCUAUACUCUCACUUGCAUGGAAAACAAAAUGUAAUUUUACAUCAUACAUAAAAUGUUUAAUUUACCCUCAUAAUCUCCUUCUGCUGGUUUUAUAUUCUACUACCAGCAGAGGGCUCCUGUCUCACAUUAAGUGCCAUUUUAGCCUACUAACAUUUAGCUUGUACUAAGACUUACUGUCACAAUUGUCUUUGUAAAAGAAAGAUUGUAAAUCAAUCAACGGCUUUCUUAGAACAAACACCUAUUGUUUCAAUAAAAACACUUUGGCAUACCUUGGUUGUCCUAAUGAAAUAUGUUCAUAUGUUUUUGCAUAACUGGGGUCAACAUACCAUGAGCAAUUUGCAUUUGAAAUCUG